UAUAUAUAUGCAGCAAGUGGGAAAUAUCCUAUCAGCCGUUCUACCCACUUUUCACUUGGAAGUUGGCCUCGCAUCCAAAGGGAGUGAGCGUAGAUAGGGACCGAGCGAAAUGGCAUUGAGAGCAGCCGUACUUCACCAUUUUCGAAUAACCGUUCAAACCCUGACCCUAAACGGAUCCAAACAACAGCUAUGGAGUCUACGGUUCAUGUCAUCCCACGACGAUCACGUCUCUAAAGAAGAAGUCACUGAGAGAGUCCUCUCUGUGGUCAAGAGCUUCCCCAAAGUCGAUCCUGCCCAGGUGACUCCUGAGGUACAUUUCCAGAAGGAUUUGCGCCUGGAUAGCUUGGACAAUGUGGAGAUUGUAAUGGCCCUAGAAGAGGAGUUUAAGCUGGAAAUUCCUGACAAGGAAGCUGAUAAGAUUGAUUCAUGUAAUCUCGCAAUUGAAUACAUGUCUAACCAUCCAAUGGCUAGUUAAUUUGAGAACUGCAUGAAUUUUGUGUUGGAAUCAAAGUGGUGGCCUUAUUACAUUGAAUUUGUUUGAAAAUGGAGUGUGUCUAUACACAGAUUUUGCUGCAUCAGCACAGCGACUUGCCCUGGAGUGUUACUGCCGUGAUCCAACUGUGUUGGUGUUGGUAUUGGUUAUAGUUAUCAUACGUGUAGGUAAAUGUAUGGUAUUUAAGAUCCUACUGUUUUGAAAUGAAAUACCCCUUUCUUACCACCAUCUGGAUGAAAUUAAUUUUCCAUCAUGUAUUAUGGAAUUGUUUUCAUAUUAAAUGAAGGGAGGCAUUUUGUCAUUCUCAUCUGACAGACUCCUUUCCUCAGCUGUAUCAGUUCAUUGGCAAAUUUGUCAUGUAAACCAUCAAAUCAUUUUUGGUGAGACUUAAUAUCAUUAGAAUCAAGGCUGACCCCAUUUCUUAUCUCA